CCUCACUGCCCAGGCUAUCGACACAUGCUGUACACAUGCUGUACGGAGUACAGUAGGUCUGUUUUGUUUCCUUUGUGCUGCCUGCGCCUUUCUCUUUCACACCUCGCAACAUCACUGCUCGAUCACUACCAACGGCGCAUACCUAUAUCCAUACCGGAUUCUCAGGCAACGCCCCCAAUCACCUACCAGAUUUUGUCGAGUUUUUCCACCCACAACCAAAUCUCUUUCUUUCUCGAGACAGUCACUUCACUUCCAACCUUUGCGCUGACGGGCGGCUAAUAUGGCACCGUCCUUGUCUACUUCACUCCUCCUCAGCCUUCUUGCAGUCUCUCAACUCACCUCAGCCACCUGCUACUGGCAAAACUCCACCCUUGCCCCAGAUGAUCCUUAUUCAAUAGCGACCGACGAUACAGCAUGUUUUCCUGACCAGGAGAACUCACCAUGUUGCGGAACGGGCUGGACGUGUUUAAGCGACGGUGUGUGCGAGAUCAAACAAGGGGAUACAACGUUUUAUUACCGUGGAACUUGUACAGAUCGUACCUGGAAUAGUGUACAAUGUCCUGGAUGGUGUUUUGCGCAAAAUUCCAAUACUUCUAUACCACUUGCUAAAUGCGACACGGAACAGGAUUGGUACUGUUGUCCAGGGGAUAGCGAGUGUAGCUGUGAAACUGGAAAGAAUGCCGUCAAACUGGGAGGAGGGCAACCUUCCACCAUUACUGUCAUUGGAAGCACCAGCUGGCCCGGGUUUACUAGCACUACAGCACCGUUCACAGCCAGUGAUCUUGUCUCAGACGGCACCGCAACUGAGACGAGCAGCGAAGCAGCAGCUACCUCAUCUACCAGGUCUACGAGUAACACGAAUACUCCAGCAAGUAUGUCGUCGAACACAGCUAGCGCAGCGGCUGCUUCUGCCACCACAAGUACCCCGGCUGUAUCGGACGACGGAGGGUCAAGCAACACAGGCUUAGCCGCCGGGCUGGGUGCUGGAUUGGGUGCCGCAGCUGUGCUAAUCGGAGUACUUAUUUUCUACCUCGUUCGAAAUCGACGCAAGAAGAAUGCUGCCAAUGCAGGGGCUAGUGCUGGCUAUGGUGGCGUUCCGGGAAGCAGUGCUACAAUGCAGAAGCCAUUCUACACGGAUUCUCAACAGUCCGCACCGUAUAGCGACAUCAGUCACCCACUGUCCCAGCCAGAACUCCCUGGACAAGGAGAGUACAACAGAGCAGAAAUGGCGACAGAAACACAGGGUCAGACCGUGUACAAAAACCAGCACAGAGCGGAGCUUGAUGCUUCAUGAGAUGACGAUUUCUCUGGUAGCGAGCGAGCAAUGAUUUUUGGUUUACGAAUCUUGGGUGACAACGUUUGCGGCAGAAUUGACGUCAAAUGAUAUAUCAUAUAAUACGAAUACCUUUCACUGAUGU